CCGCGUCGGAGGGCUUUAUGGGCUCCAACAUCGAGUGUACCCGCCCCGGACCGCCCAGGUACACUCUCAUUCCGAACAUUAUGUUUUUCGAGUUCCUGCCGAUUGUCAACGACCGCAUUCCCGAUCUGGACGAGAUCAACCCCAAGGAGCUCCUCCUCAGUGAGCAAUUGGAAUUGAACAAAACGUACGAGGUCAUCAUCACCAACUCCUCCGGCUUCUAUCGACUCCGGCUCGGGGAUGUGGUCCGAGUGGUGGGCUUCUACCAGCAAGCUCCGCAGAUCGAAUUCCUCUUCAGGUCAGGCCAGAACCUGAACGUGAACGCAGUGAAAAUCUCCGAGGAGGUGCUUUUCCGCGCCCUGCGCGAGGCGGCAGACCGCUGGUCGUCCACUCUCAAGGACUACACGGCGGCCGGCAGCCAGUUCACGCCCAGUCAUCAGGGCCUGCUGGACCCGCACUAUCUCCUCUUCCUGGAGCUGGACGGCCCGGUCCUGACUGAGGAGCAGACGGGACUGCAGGACGAAGAAUACGCCAGCUUCCGGAAACUGGAGAAGAUCGCCAAAAUCCGGGUGUACCAAGUGAAGCCGGGAGCCUUCUCGCGCUUCCGUGCGCACCUGCUGGCGACCACGGCCGUCACGGCCGGCCAGUUCAAGAUGCCCAGAGUGCUGAAGAGCCGUGACAGGGUGGACUGGUUCCUCGAGAAUGUCCGCAACUGA